AGCAUUGGGUAGUUUUAUUAUUUGAUAUUUUAAAGGAAGAAGGAAGUGAUUUUUAUAUGUGUAUUAAUGGAAUAAUCCAAAUCAGGCGUCAUUACCAGUAACUGUUAUUCUCCAGUUUUGGCUGUUUUGAAACUCUACUGUUAAAAGUGCUUGUAUUGUUUCGUGUUACAUGUAUAACACUGAAUAUUUUUAAUGAUACCAAGUGACACAGAGAGAAAGAUAUUACAGGACAAUAUGUUUAUUUAAGAUUGGUUUCAACCAAGUCAAACCCAGGAAUUUUCACAGAAUUAAUGAUGGAUCCGAUGGCAGACGACUGGAACAACACUGCAGCAGGCCGUGUACAGGAUUGGAACGACCACAUGGCUUUAAUCUUUAUCCCAGCGACCGUGUUCCUGGCCGUCUGCUUCAUCUUGGGAAUCAUUGCUAACCCUACAGUCAUCAUCGUCUUCUUGCUGCGAAUGAAGAGUUCUCGAGAUGACCGCUAUUUCAUACCGUUCCUUUCAUUCGUGGAUCUGUUGGGGUUGACGUUAAACUGUUUCGGAGCUUGGCUACAGUACUUUCCGUACGUACAUGAUGACAACUUUUUGUCUGUUCCUUGUAAACUGUACUGGUUUGGGAGCUCCAGUAUCGCCUCGUUUUCAGCUUUCAUCCUCAUUGCCAUUGCAGUCCAAAGGUACUUGAAAAUCUGCAGACCUUACGGAAAACAAAUGGAUUUGAAAUUACGACGCUUAUAUUUGGCCGUUGCUUUAUUUAUUUCUUCCGUCAUUGCGUUUCCGUUUAUAUUAUUUUACGACAUGGUUCCCAUAUACAGUUCCGACUACAACGUCACCGGCUAUAUUUGUUCCCGUGGUCAGACCGACUGGUUAAAUAAUGAACCCAUGGUGUACAGUGUCACUAUUGCUUCUCUAGUGUUCAUCAAUAUUAUUCUGUUGAUGACCAUUUAUUGCUCGAUAGGGAAAGCAAUAUUCAAGCAGACACGUUUGAAGAAACGCAGAAAUUUGAGCGCCAAAAGAAGAAUGGGAAGAAUUAACAUGGACACGACCAGUUUCGAUGUGGAAUCCAUGAACGGUCAAGGAGAAAACGGAACACUAAAGAACGUCCAGAGUGAUGACGUAUCCGAAUACUCUGAGUGGACCCUGGACAGACGAGAUACCAGGAAAAAAUUCAAAGGAACGGAAAUGUCAAAUAUACCGGAACAUCCAGCCGGAAAUUCCCUGGAUCUUGAAAAAAUUCGAGAUACCGUCAGGGCAACAACUAAAACAAUGCAUUAUUAUCGAAAUCUACGGAAACGAAUUGACCGAUUUACGUGGAUGUUCCUUAUUUUAACCACUGUUGCUGUCAUAAGUUAUGUUCCCAAAGCCACUCUCUUCAUUUUGGAGUCUUUGGACAUUCUCUUUUGGACGAAAUUUUCGGAUCCCUUGAGGGCGGUAGUAGAGGUUGUCUAUCGUCUUCACGCGUUACAUCACACAUGUAAUGCUUUCAUUUACGUAUACUUCGACACACAUUUUCGCGCCGAAAUCAAGAAGUUUUGUACCCGAGUAUCCGAACGUUAAUUAAAAAGAUGAAUUAUAAACAAAAACAACACUUCAGCAAUAAACUGCGUUUUACGGUUCUAAACUCCGAUUGAUUUUAAAAGAUGUAUACUAAUAUACCAACAAUCAAUCGAUAAUGUCAUGUUCAUUAAGAAAGGUUGUUACGGUUGCAUCUGCAUUUAACUCGCUGGACAAUUUCAAACCCUUUUAUCAGAUGUUGAUGGUACAUUAUAUUAAUAUGCUUACAUCGCAUUGAAUUUAAAGAACGUUCUGGCACCGCCGUCACCAAGUUUCCUCAAGUCAAAACUCAGCCUCGAGUCUAAGUUUUUUUAAACUUCAAAUUAUGUAUAUUUUCUUCGUGAUUUUGAGUUGAGGACUUAGUUGAGGGAUUAGAAACAUUGAUGACGGUGGGAUCCUUGGAGAGAUGGUGAAAAAAAAAACUCUCGUUACAUUUUUAUGCACUUAGUUUUGUUAUGUACAUGUAUCUAAGAAGUGUCGAUUCCAGUUUGUAAAAUAAAGGAUAAGCUCAUAAAAGUUCCGGCAAUAUUAGUACCUACCCCCGGUAAAAUCAACGUGACAUUUUUUUAUGCAAAUAGAUAUUCCCAGAAACAAGGAUUCGAAAGUGUUAGCGGAUAAAAUAUUUGCUCACCUCCUCCUAAACCGAUAUACAAUAACUAUAAGAGUGAAAUAACUCUUUCCUGGGGGCUUUGGAAUUCAAACAGAAGAAUAUCGUCAGAAUGUGUCAUGAGAUACCAGUAAUUGUUUUGCGCAUAUAUAUAUAUAUUUUACAAUAAAUCUUUUCUGUAUACCCUCGUCCCGCCAUCGUUGCAAGCAGUUGAAGAAAAAACAAAU